AUGAAUAUAUUUACCAGAUGUGUAUUUUUGUAUUCAUUCAUCCUAUUAUUUGUAAUUUGCACAAAUGAUAAUAACCAGUCGAAUAACACCGAUGAAGGGGGGGGGAAGGACAAAUCAGGCAAAGGGGGCUUCGACUUCAGCCAACUGGGGGAUAUUUUGAGUUCCCUCAAUGGGAAAGGAGAUAAGGGUGGAAACGCAAAUAAUAACGGUGGCCAGUUUGACAUGUUAAAUAAUCUUUUAAACCAGAAGGGCUCUUCAGGAGGAGGUUUGGAAAAUCUUAUGAACCUUUUUAAUAGUGUCAAUAAUAAAGGAGGAGGAAAUGCAAAUUUGAAUAAUUUAGAUAUGGGCAAAAUGAUGGACAUUCUGAAGCAGUUUGGUGGGGCCGCCAAUAGUGGUGCUCAGGGUGGUGGUAAAGGCACGGGCGCAGAUGGACAGAAAGCUAACCCUAUGGAAUCUUUUGGAAAUUUGCUAAAAAUGAUGACUGCCGGUGGGAAUAAGGGAGCUGACGGGAAGGAUGGCAAUCCAUUGGAACACUUAACCAGUCUGUUGGGUAAUUUAGGAGGGAAUAAGGGCGCUGAUGGAAAGGGUGCUAAUCCAUUAGAACACUUAACUAGUAUGUUGGGUAAUCUAGGAGGGAAUAAGGGAGCUGAUGGAAAGGGAGGAAAUCCAUUAGAACACCUAACCAGUAUGUUGGGCAACUUGGGUGGGAAUAAGGGCGCUGAUGGAAAGGGAGGAAAUCCAUUAGAACAUUUAACUAGUAUGUUGGGUAAUUUAGGAGGGAAUAAGGGCGCUGACGGGAAGGGAGGAAAUCCAUUAGAACAUUUAACUAGUAUGUUGGGUAAUUUAGGAGGGAAUAAGGGCGCUGACGGGAAGGGAGGAAAUCCAUUAGAACAUUUAACUAGUAUGUUGGGUAAUUUAGGAGGGAAUAAGGGAGCUGACGGGAAGGGAGGAAAUCCAUUAGAACACUUAACCAGUCUGUUGGGUAAUUUAGGAGGGAAUAAGGGCGCUGAUGGAAAUGGUGGUAAUCCAUUAGAGCACCUAACAAGUCUGCUGGGGAAUUUGAGCAAUAAAGGAACUGAUGGAAAGGGAGGAAAUCCACUGGAACAGUUAACGAAUCUGCUUGGAAAUUUGGGCGGGAAUAAAGGGACCGAUGGGUCUGCAGGUGGUAACAACAAACUGAUGGGCGAUAUUCAGUCCCUGUUGGGUAAUUUCCUCAACGGAGAGAAGAACAAUAAUGUACCAUUCGCAUUAGACAAAAGUGUAAUGGAUGGAUCUACAAACAAAGAAUCCAUCACGUUACAGUAUAAUCAAAGCGAAAGGGAUAUCCUCAAAGAACUCCAAAAUUUAAUAAACAAAAGUAAAGGGAUGAGUGUCACUGGAAGUACCAAAGAGAUGGAAGAGAAGAAUUUUAAACUGAAAAAUUUUUUCAAUUCCCUUAAGGGAAAAUACAAUCCCUAUUCCUAUGAGAGAAAAAUUCUAAAUGAUAUAAUCAGUGAAGAAGAUAUUAAGGAUAAGUACAACAUUGAUGACGAUUUUGAAAGAAACAUUUACAUUAGUGCAAAUGACACAAGUGUUAAUUACGAAGAAAUGAGUGAUGAGGAAAAGGAGAAGAAGACAGAGAUGUUUGCGGAUGUAAACGAAUUGGAUGAUAAGGAUUCCGUUGAAAGUGGAUCUAUCAAUAGCCACAUUUUAAGAAAGAACAAAUUAGAAAAUGAAAAGCUUCUUCGUGGGUUAAUAGCAGGGGAAAGCGAUAAUUUACGUGAAUGUAACUGCAUGUCGAGUAAGGAAAAGAAUUGUGUGCUCUCCUACAUCAAUUAUAACAACUUGGAGUAUAUGCUAGAUAGCUUAAAUAUAGAUGUAAAAAAAAUGGUGAAGCAGUAUAGAGUUUCUGGUUCUCAUAAUAAUGUUGCUUCUCCUUAUACAAAGUCGGAAUCAUUUCUGGUUCCAUUACCUCCCUUGAAUGCGAAAGCAGAUGUGAGGGAUACAUCCAAGUAUGUAUUGAGAGUACCUCGUGUUCUUUUCCUGUCAACGAAGAAGGCGUUCUCCACCUCCAUGGAUCGAUACUUUUUCAAUUUGUACGAUAUAAUGGAAAGCCAAUUAAAAUGGAACACCUAUAUGUGGGGCUACGGGUUCAAGUACUACCCUCUAUUCUUUACGAAGAAUCUACAUACCUUGUUGCACAAUUAUGAAAAGCAGAUAGGAAAAGAACCAUUUGACAUCAUCUUUGUCCACACCAGUUUUGUGUCCAACUACUACAACCAUUAUUUUUUUCUUAAAAAUAUGCCCAGGAUGACUACCCUCAUAUUUAUAAAUGAUGGAUGGGACAACAAUGUGAAGAAUGCCUACUUGAAUUUAUUUCCGCACAUAUUUUUCCAAAACCAGGUAAAUAUAUUUGAGUAUAGCCCCCUGAACAAUAUUGACUCAGGGUCGGAGAAAAAAAAACUCAUAAACAGUUUAUGGAACAAGGUUUCCAAUAAUGAUUCCAACGAAGUGAUAGCAAAUAAGCAUAAGAAGAAGGGAAAAAAAAACAAAAGUAAGAAAAAGAAAGGAGAUACUGAGGUAGGUGCUGAUGAUGAGGAGGUGGAUGAGCAGGAGGAACAACAGACGAAGAAGAAUGAGUUGAGUAGUGGUGGGGAAGAUGAACACGAUGAUGAUGAAAAUAAAACAUUGUGGGCCUUCCUACCACAUGGGGUGAAUCCCUGUUGUUUGGAUAACUUUGAAAAUAUGUUUGAUGUGAAAGAGAAUGAUCCGAAUGACAAUUCGAAGGAAGUAGUGGUUAGUCCUACCUUUUACCAUGAUUUAGCCAAAAAAAUGAAAAAGAAGAAGAAGAAUACUCCCCAACUGGAGCUAUCGUACUCUCUUCUGGACUUGUUCCUACCGGCAUGUACCUACAAGGAUAGCGUGCCUACCUUUCUGAACAACGCACAUAGAGAUAUUGACAUACUCUACCUAUGCAACACAACAUCAAGCAAUUACAAUGAUUUCUUAAUUCAGAAGGUUAUGGAUUAUAUUUAUAACAAAGACAUAAGUAGCCUCAAACAUCGAAUAAAGAAAUACGAGUUUGAUCUGUACUACUGGAAAGUAUGGGGUAUGCAGACGACACACAAGUUGAUAAAGAACAAAUUAAAGGAAUACCACCACAUGUUGCGAAGGAGCAAAGUCUGUAUAAUUAGUGCAAAAUUUGCAGGUAUGUUGAAUAGAAUGGUUAUUGAUGCUCUUUUCAAUGGCUGCGUUGUCAUCACCGAUAAGAGCCAUAACAAGGAUAUUAACAAGUAUAUUGUUACUACGCGGAUACCAUAUGAGUAUUACGAAAUAAGCGAUCUCAUUUACAACACAGAAAAUAUGAAUAACAUUUCUAACGAUAUGGUAGAUAAGAUUAACCUGACCUUGGAGGAAGUAAAUAGUGGCAAGAAAGACGCUCUCAAAUUCGAGGCGUUUAAAACGGUUAUGAACACUUAUACCUACCAAGGCGUUAUCCUGAACUGGAUACUCCCCACGUUGUAUUUCCACUACAAUAAGGAGAAGUAUGAAAUUGUGAACAACUACUUUGUUUUGCCACAAUAUUUUGAGGAUGUCAUUUCCAAAAGUUUGAAAACCACCAGUGCCCAGAGGGAGAAAAUCAUUGCCAAUAUUGACCUGUCCCUCCAGGAGGAUCUCAUAAUGAAUAACAAUGAAGUAGCUACCUGGUGUAUUAUCUGGGUUCUUAUCUUCGCUGUCAUCGUGUUUUACCUGCUGCGGAACAGUAACCUCCUCAGCGCCCUGUUCAAGCAGAGGAAACUGCAUCUCUGA